AUGACUCCAUUCCAUGCCUUAUAUGGAUAUAUACCACCUCACCUUGCCUUUCCCACUGAGAUCACUACUUUUGUUGCUGCCGUUGAGAAAUAUCUAAAACAAAGAGACAACAUGUUGGGCAUUUUGAAGGAGUCACUUUCUAAAGCUCGGGAGAGAAUGAAGUGGUUUGCUGACAAGAAAAGAAUUGACAUAUCUUUGUCUGUUGGAGAUUGGGUCUAUCUUAAGUUACAACCAUAUAGGAAAUCUUCAGUAUCUCUGCAAAGAGACUUCAAGCUAGCCGCAAGGUAUUACGACCGGUAUAUGAUUUUGGAACGCAUUGGUCAAGUGGCUUACAAGUUAGAUCUCCCAGCAGGAUCCAUAAUUGACAAUGUUUUUCAUGUCUCUCAACUCAAGAAGAAGCUUGGGGAAACACACGUGACUAUACCUACACUACCUCCUGUUGAUGAUUCAGGUGAGAUUGUCCUCUUACCAGGGGUUGUUUUCGACUCUCGAGAAAUCACACGCCGUGGUCACAUUGUGCCACAACUCUUGGAUCAAUGGUCUCACUCCUCACCUGAAGAUGCAACCUGGGAGGACAACGCACACGUUCGAGCACAUUUUCCAAAGUUUCAUCCUUGA